GGGGGGCUCUGUCCCUGUGUCCCACAUGUCCCUGUGCCAGGGCUGCGAUGGGCAAGGACCCACGCAGAGCAGCCACCCCGGGGGUGCCAGGGGGGUCGAGGCUGCCCCAGAGCCCCCCAGCCCAGACCUGCCUGCACUGCGCUUCCUGCAGGUGCUGCAGGCCGGACGCUUCUCAGCGGUGUGGCAGGGCACCCUACAGCAGCGGCCGGUGGCCAUCAAGGCCUUUGUGGCCGGGGCGGCCGAGCGCUUCCAGCCCGAGCGAGCCGUGCACGGGCUGCCCCUGAUGGAGCACGACAACGUGGCACGGCUGCUGGCACGCGGGGCGGCCGGGCCUCGUGCCCAUGGGGGGCUCCUUGUCCUCCAGCUGUACCCUGCCGGCUCCCUGCGACACUUCCUGGGGCAGCACGUGGGGACGUGGGCCGGCAGCGUGCGCCUGGCGCUCUCCCUCGCCCGCGGCCUCGCCUUCUUGCACCAGGAGCUGUGGCGCGAUGGCCUGUACAAGCCCAGUGUGGUGCACCGAGACCUGAGCAGCCAGAACGUGCUGGUGCGGGAGGACGGGACUUGUGCCAUCGGUGACUUCGGGCUGGCUCUGGCGCUGCCACCGCGCGCGCAGGCUGGCGCCCGCCAUGCCAUGCCCAUCCGCAAGGCGGGCACCCAGCGGUACCUGGCACCCGAGAUCCUGGAUGAGAGCCUGGACCUGCGGGCAUGGGGCCGGGCGCUGCGGCAAGCGGAUGUCUACGCGCUGGCACUGCUCCUCUGGGAGAUCCUCUCACGCUGCCAGGCCCUCAGCCCUGGAGCACCCGUGCCGGCAUUCCGGCUGGCGUACGAGGCGGAGCUGGGUGCCAGCCCCACGGGUGCCCAGCUCCGGCGCUUGGCCGUGGAGGAGCGGCGGCGGCCACUCAUCCCCCCCGCCUGGCACUGUGCCCCCCAGCCCGGGGGGGCGCUGCCCGAGCUGCUGGAGGACUGCUGGGACCCCGACCCCGAGGCGCGGCUCUCGGCCGAGCGGGCGCUGCAGCGGCUCCAGCGCUUGGCAGCCGCCCCCGCGCCGCCCCCCGGCGCCCCCCGGCAGGUCCUGGAGCUGCCAGCUGCCAUGUGGGACUCUGGUGCAGCACGCCUCUUGUUUUGUGCGCAUCCCCCGUUUUGCGCGCACCCUUCUCAUGCACCCCUUGCACACGCACCCCCUUGCACGUGA